GUCAGGAGCCUGAGCUCACAAAUCCAAGUCAAGAGGAGAGGACAGGACACUGCACACUCCUGCAACAGGAAAACACACUAUUUAAAGCAAGAUUUCAAAAGUUUAAGACAGCGGCAGCAAUGAAGACAACACUGGCAACUGGGACUCUCUGCCUUGUGGUGCUCAUGGCCACAGGUUUCCCUUUCGAGAGGAAAGGGGGCUCACCCUCCAGCAGCGGUGCCAAGGAGAAGCGUGUACAGUAUGCAGCAUGGGAUGAUGUCAAUGUCAUUGCCCAUGGGCUGCUGCAGCUGGGCCAGGGGCUGAAGGAGCAUGUGGACAAAACCAAAGUCCAGAUGAGAGACAUCUCCAGCAAGCUCAAGGUCUUCAAUCGCACUGUGACCGAGCUGGGGAAGGAAAGCCAGAGGCUGCGAGAGGAGGGGGAGGCCCUGAAGGCUCGUGCCCAGGGGCUGGAGGACAGAGAAGGCCAGCUCCUGAAUGUCACAGCCGAGCUGAGGGAGAAGGCGGAGGAGAUGCAGCAGGAGAGGAGGACGAUGAGCGAGAGGGUGAGCCGGCUGGAGGAGCGGGUGGACAGUAUGCUGCAGGGAGACUCGGUGUUGCCUGACACGGACGCUGGUGCCAAGAACAACAGUGAUGCUCGCAACAUCCAGCUAAUGCUGGAGGCGCAGAACAGACGCAUCGAUGAUCUGAUGGAGCGGAUCAGACUCCAGCAGGAGAAGCUUGACAAACAGAAUGUGCGCAUCAGGACGCUGCAGAGUCAGGUCCAACAGGCACGACAGAGACCUGCAUCUCCGCGGAGCAGCGACACUGACGGCUCCGUGCAGAGUGGCGUCGCGGAACAACAAGACUCACCAGUCGAGAUGGCAUCAGACUGUCAUGAGCUGUUCCUGAGAGGAGAGACCACCAGCGGGGUCUACACCAUCCAGCCAAUGAAUGCAGAGCCCUUUAAAGUCUUCUGUGAGAUGACAGCUGAUGGUGGGUGGACAGUGAUCCAAAGGCGCCAAGAUGGCUCAGUGGACUUUGACCAGCUAUGGCAGGCCUACGAGAAAGGCUUUGGCGGCCUGAAUGGAGAGUUCUGGUUGGGUCUAGAAAAGAUCCACUCCAUUGCCAAAGACGGUGGCUACAUCCUCAACAUCAAGCUCUCUGACUGGAUUGGUGACUUAGCAUCUGUCCGUCUCCCCUUCCACCUUGGCGGAGAGGAAACCAAGUACUCGCUCCAGGUUCAGAAAGCCGACGCUUUCAGCACCUUGGAGAGUUCGCUGGGGACCGACGCCACAUCCGGCCUGCCUUUUUCCACCCGCGACCAAGACAACGACCGGAAAAACGACACCAACUGCGCCAAGCAGCUGUCUGGUGGCUGGUGGUUCAGCAACUGCGGUCGCUCCAACCUAAACGGCAGAUACUUCCAGAGUCCCCCUCCCAAGCACCGGCACCAGAGGAAGCAGGGCAUUUUCUGGAAGACCUGGAGGGGCCGCUACUACCCUCUGAAGUACAGCAUGAUGAUGAUCGCCCCUGCUGCCAUUCAAAGCAAGUCAUAGAGAACAGAGAAAGACUGAAAGAAAAGGCUGAGACAAAGAGAAGGGGGUGGAAAGAAGUAGAUUUUGGACUAUUCUUUCUUUUUCUUGGUGCUUAGUUGAUGAGGCAGAGGUUUCCAUUUCCCCUGGUUGUCUCCCUGCAAGGAGAACCUCAUACCAGAGCCCAGACCCUCAAAACAGAAGCAUUAAGAACUCACUUUCAAUGAGUUCCAGGUUUCCACUGCUGUGUUCUCUGAGAGACGAGCAGAUUCCUCCCGUGCACAUAGAGCCACAAAUGGAAAAAGAGAAUAAUAAAACGUGCAGUGGAAAAUCUUUCAUGUGUUGUACCACCGCAGUUGAUUUCUUCUGCUGGCACGAAGUGGGGCCCCUAGACAGGAGAGCGCCACAGGGCGAGUCCCAGCCUGCCCACUGUGCUGUAAGCCACAAAGGAUUUCCAACAAGUCGAGACUCAUCGGCAGACAUGUGGUGUCAGGUGUGUAUGUGGGCUGUUGGUGCAUUUGGAUGUGGUUUUGUAGCAAGCUAGCAGCACUGUCAGCUGAGCAACAGCAUGAGAACGACUCGUAUUUUGUAAAGGAUACAUGCAGGACUGAAACACAGGCCGAUUAAGCAGGCCUUUUAAACCCUGUGGUGUCGACCAAAUGGUGACUAAAUUAAAACAAAGAGUUGUUUUCCACAUGGACAUGAUGAGAUUAGCGUUGAAAGCAUUAUGUAAAGUUAUAAAUCACUGUAAACUAGGAUUACGAUGCAGAAACUGUGUCAAGACUGAUGUUGGAAAGCAGUUUGUGGGGCACUGAAGACUAUUUCAGCCUUUUGUACAAUAUAUUUUCUGUCUGACAUUUUGAAUCAAAUUAAGCAUAUUCUUCACUGACUUUGAUUUUCUGUGGAGAUUUUGAUGGUAUUAAGUCACAUUGACUUCUUUUAAGAUGGUUUUGUACAUAGCGUCUGAAGGAAUGUCGUCUGUCUUUACAGAAAUACAACUGUUUCUGAGUUGUUGUCACAUUAUCUGUUGUCCUCAUCACUUGAGAGUUUGCUAUUAUAGAUGUUCCCUUUUCUUAUUUAAAUGGUGUAAAGAAUCACUAUAUAUAUUGCUGGUGCUGCCUGUUUGUAAUUUAUAUUGUCUUUGUUGUGUAAAAUGACGAGAUGUAAAAUUGUUUUUUAAGAGAAAUAAACAUUUUUGGCCACAAUGAGCCAAUAAAAUUGAUUUA